CACCUAUCCGGCCCAGUCAAGCUGAUAUCUUCACGCAAACUGAUCCAAAAUGGCCGGCUCAAUCAACAAGCCCAAGAAGCCCACGUCCAAGCGCGGGACCACUCGUCUUCGCAACAAGAUCGUGAAGGCAUCGGCCGCCAAGCAAAAGAAGCAGCGCAAGCUCGCGAAGAAGAACCCAGAAUGGCGAUCAAAACUCAAGAAGGACCCGGGAAUCCCUAACCUCUUCCCCUACAAGGAGAAGAUUCUCCAGGAGAUUGAGGAGAAGCGCGUGAAGAAGGCCGAGGAUGCGCAGAAGCGGAAAGAGAUGGCCAAGGCCGCCAAGACGGGUGGUGCCAAAACCGAGCAAGUCAUGGAGGACGUCGACCUCGCGGAGGAUGACGUGGAGGAUAUGGACGAGGACGAAAUGGACGAAGAUGUGGAUGAGUCUAACCCCAUGGCCGCCCUCAUCGCCAGCGCUCGUGCUGCUGCAGCCAAGUAUGACCGACAGCUUGCCGACGACGAGGAUAUGGAUGAGGACGACGAGAGCGACGCUGGCAACGACCGUGGUGGUGAAAUGCCCAUCGCACAGGCCUCCUCGCGGAAAACUUACGACAAGGUCUUCAAGAAUGUUGUCGAGCAAGCCGAUGUCGUCCUGUACGUCCUCGACGCUCGCGAUCCCGAGGCCACUCGCUCGCGCGAAGUCGAGCGUAGUGUCAUGGCUGCCGCAUCUGGCGGCAAGCGACUCAUCUUGAUCCUCAACAAGGCCGAUCUCAUUCCUCCCAAGGUCCUGCGAGACUGGCUCGUCUACCUUCGCCGCUACUUCCCCACCCUACCUCUCAGGGCCUCCAACGCCGCUUCCAACGCCCACACAUUCAACCACCGCGACAUCACUGUCCAGAGCACAUCCGCCGCUCUCUUCAAGGCCCUGAAGAGUUUCGCCGCCAGCCGCCAGUUGAAGCGCGCCGUAUCUGUCGGUGUCAUUGGAUAUCCCAACGUGGGCAAGAGCUCCGUUAUCAACGCGCUCCUCUCAAGGAUGAGCGGAAAGGCUCCCACCUCCAACAAGGCCUGCCCCGCGGGCGCCGAGGCUGGCGUCACCACAAGCAUCCGGUCCGUCAAGAUUGACAGCAAGCUCACUCUCCUGGACUCACCUGGUGUUGUCUUCCCGUCUUCCUCCUCGACCCAGUCUGCCGGCCUUGUGUCCUUGAAGAACGCCACUGAGGCGCAUGCCCACCUCGUUCUCCUCAACGCCAUCCCCCCUAAGCAGAUCGAAGACCCCAUCCCUGCCGUCUCUUUGCUCCUCAAGCGUCUCUCUGCGACCCCCGACCUCAUGCAGAAGCUCACCGCCGUCUACGACAUUCCCGCGCUUCUGCCCAGCCGGACCGACGGCGAUACCACAACCGACUUCCUCGUCCAGGUCGCUCGUAAGCGUGGCCGCAUCGGCCGAGGCGGCAUCCCCAACAUCAAUGCCGCCGCCAUGACGGUCGUGACUGAUUGGCGUGAUGGCCGUAUCCAGGGCUGGGUUGACGCUCCCACUCUGGCUGUGGAGUCCAGCACUACCCCGGCUAAGUCUGGCCUGAAGAACGCUGGCGAGGACGAGGUUGCGGCUGACCAGAAGGAGAUCGUCACCGAGUGGGCGGCCGAGUUCAAGCUUGAUGGCUUGUGGGGUGACGAUGCUGUUGACACCGCUGACAAUGCGGAGGUUAUGGGGCAGUGAGGAUAGUUUGGUGCUUCUAAAAAUGACGGACGGUGCAUGAAUUGUUCAUAGGAUAGUUUGGCGUUCCAAGGUUGGCUGGUAAUACGGAUUAGACCGUGCAUAUACCUUCAUAAAACAU